AUGUGGUCCCCGCAGGCGCCCGAAGACCCGCUCUUCGGGCUCAUGGCAGCUUUCCGUCGCGACGAGGACCCCAACAAGGUCGACUUGGGCAUUGGAGCUUACCGCGACGACAAUGCGAAGCCCUGGGUCUUGCCUGUGGUGAAGAAGGCCGACGACAUCAUCCGCAACGACCCCAACCUCAACCACGAGUAUCUGCCCAUUGCCGGUCUCGCAGACUUUACUUCGGCCUCGCAGAAGCUCAUCCUCGGCGGAGACAGCCCCGCGCUGAAGGAGAAACGGGUCACCAGUUUGCAAACCGUCUCCGGCACCGGUGCUGUGCACCUGGGUGCCCUCUUCCUCGCAAAGUUCUAUAAGCCGAAAUCGCAGCGUACCGCCUACUUCUCCGAUCCGACCUGGCCGAACCACUUCCAGAUCUUUUCCAAUGUCGGCCUCUCACACAAGACCUAUCCCUACUUCUCUAGGCAGACCAAGGGCCUCGACUUCGAUGGCUUCUACAACUCAAUACAGAAUGCGGACGAGGGCAGCAUCGUCGUGCUACAUGCCUGCGCACAUAACCCCACCGGCGUAGAUCUGACGCAGGAUCAGUGGAAGAAGAUUGCGGAGGUCAUCCGGGCGAAGAAGCAUUUUCCGUUCUUCGACACAGCCUACCAAGGUUUCGCCUCUGGCGAUCUUUCGCGCGACGGCUGGGCCAUCCGCUACUUCGUCGAGCAGGGCUUCGAGCUCUGCAUUGCUCAGUCCUAUGCAAAGAACUUUGGUCUGUACGGAGAGCGCGCAGGCUGCUUCCACUUUGUCACAGCACCAUCAUCAGACGCUCAGUCCACCGUUGGUCGUGUAGCCUCUCAGCUCGCCAUUCUUCAACGUUCUGAGAUCUCCAACCCUCCCGCGUACGGUGCGCGCAUCGCCUCGCUCGUCCUCAAUACACCCGACCUCUUCGCACAAUGGGAGGAGGACUUACGAACCAUGUCGGGUCGCAUCAUAGAAAUGCGCAAGGCCCUCCGUAGCAAGCUCGAGGGACUCGGUACCCCCGGUACCUGGAACCACAUCACAGAUCAGAUCGGCAUGUUCAGCUUCACGGGUUUGACGGAGCAGCAGGUCUUGAAGCUGCGCGAGGACUCACACGUCUACAUGACGAAGAACGGCCGCAUCUCCAUGGCGGGUCUCAACACCCACAAUAUCGAUUACUUCGCGAAGGCAGUAGACAAGGCUGUGCGCGACACGCAGUAG